AUGUCAGUACUGGUAGAACAGGGAGUUGACUCAGUUUUCAUCAAUGUCCUCCGUCACAUCUACGACCACGCACCAUCAUUUAUUCGCCUCCACAAGGACUCAGAACCAUUCCAGCUCAAGAGAGGAGUAGUCAGAAAAGGUGACACAAGGUCACCCAAACUGUAUACUGCCUGUCCGAAGAGAGCUUUCCGACAACUCAACUGGCGAGAAAAAGGAAUAAGAAUAGAUGAAGAAUACCUAACUCACCGUUUGAACUUGCCUCGAAAACUCCGUCCUGUGAGCCUCCAGCAUUUCGGAGCAAGACAGCGGAAGCGUAAAGAAAGUUUCGGGAGAAAGUUGGCCUGGGCAAAGUUUAUAUGA